CCUAAUGUGCUCAUCCAUGGGGAUGGUACUGCGUGUGUUGCCGACUUUGGUCUCUCCUUAAUGUAUUCGGAGGUUAUAAGCGCCUCACAGGCUUUCUGGACAUCCACGCUCAAGGGAAACAUGCGAUGGAUCGCUCCUGAGCUGCUCGAAGAUCGGGAGGAUGGAUCGCAAGUGCGGCCUAGCGAGCAGAGCGACAUGUAUUCAUUCGGCGGUAUCAUGUUGCAGGUCCUCACCAACAAGACUCCCUAUUAUUACCUCUCGAAUGAUGCGGCCAUCAUCUUAUGCAUAGCCAGGUCGGAAAAGCCUUCUCGAUCUCGCUAUCCUGUGCUCCCUGAAAAAUACUGGGAGUUUAUCGAGAAAUGUUGGUCUACUGAUCCCCGGGACCGUCCAUCGACGGAGGCAGCUGACGGCAUGAUCAGGAAUGAAUUUCACUCGCUGUCUAGAGCCCCUGAAAACCCAGACCUCGCCGGGCUCUGUGACCUCACGAGAUACAUCACCAAGGACGAAGAAUGCACUGCUGCUACUGGCGGGUUCGGUGAAAUAUGGAAAUGCACAUAUAAGAAGGAUGGAACAUUAAUCAAAAGGAUACGGCGCGAACUCACAAUAUGUGCCAACAUGAAGCAUAAAAACAUUCUUCCCGUCUGUGGUUAUACGUCUGGCUUCAGCCCAUUUAUGGCGAUAGUCAGUCCUUGGGUGGAGAAUGGAGACUUGACAACGUAUUUGAAGUGUCAGGGUAAAACUCUUGCUGUCGUUCGACGAUUCCAAAUCCUCAACGAUAUCAUAGCUGGUCUGCAAUAUCUUCAUGACAAUUAUGUCAUCCAUGGCGACUUCAGUGGGAAUAAUGUCCUCAUUGAUGGUGAUGGCACCGCUUGCAUUACCGACUUCGGUCUUUCCUCAAUGUAUUCCGAGGAUAUCAGUGCCUCUAGGGCAUCCUGGACUUCGACUGCGAUCCGAGGAACCGUGCGAUGGUUGGCUCCUGAGCUAAUUGAAGAUAAGAUGGAUGGAUCUGAAGUGCGGCCAAGCCAGGAGAGUGAUAUCUAUUCGUUCGGCGGUAUCAUGUUACAGGUCCUCACCAACGAAGCUCCCUAUUAUUACACCAAACACCAAUACACCAUCAUCCUAUGGAUAGCGCAAUCAAAAAAACCUGACCGAACCCGUUACCCUGACGUCCCUGACACAUAUUGGCGAAUUAUUGAGCGUUGUUGGUCUACUGUUCCUCAAGAUCGUCCGUCGACAAAACAAAUUGAGAUAGAGAUCAGGAACGAAUUUUCCUCGCUGUUAAAUCUUGCUGAUUCUUGA